CGUUGCCGGGGCAGCGGCGCGGGCAUGGCCGCUCGCCGCGGAGAGCGGGACCCGCCGGACGCGCGGCAGAACCUCCUCCGGGCGGAGCGGGCCAAGAAGGAGCGCCGCUGGCAGCUGCUCUUUACCCAGUACACUGUGAACCCCGCGCAUCCCGUCCACAUGGUCUCUAGGAAGCCAAUGUCUUGGCACGAGAACAUACAGGAGCCCAUAGACGAUGAAUUCCUGAAACUUCUUCACCGUGCAGCAGUGGUGCCAAGAGAGAAAUACUCAGAGCCACAAACUGAAAGCCAAGUAAUUGGCUGGAAUACAAAACCUUUGGUUCCUUUUGACCGCAGUGAUACCAGAUUCUACUUCCCACGCCAGACAACUGAGAUUACCAUCAAUGGCUACCCUGCACCGCGGGGACAGAUGCCUAAAGGCCAGGAGGAAAGCCAAAGAUAGAUGUUAACAACAUCUAAUGUCUUAGGUCCUGUUUGUUAUCUAGCAAGUCUGGCAGAUUUCUAGUGAGAGACAAUAGAAAAGAGAACUUCAAUCUGUCCAGAUUUACAACCUGACAACAGUGUCACAAAUAAACCUAUCUGUAAGGCUC